ACUUUUUGAUCGUGGGAGCAAUGGCUUCCAAGGAAGUUGAUGUAAUCAUCGUUGGUGGGGGUGCUGCUGGUUUGAAUGCUGCCUCCAUCCUUCGCAAGGCUGGCAAGAAGGUGGUCGUCCUGGAGUCACGUGACCGAGUUGGGGGUCGAAUCUAUAGCGAACAGCUUCCCUCAGGAACUCAUGUGGAACUGGGUGCACAGUGGCAGGCAGAAACCGGUCAUGAUCGACUGGAUCAGCUGGUAAAAACUUACGGAUACAGAAAACUCGAGCACUACAAGGCAGGAAAAGCGGUUGUGUGGACAGGGGGUGUGAAAAAGCUUCUCUCUCCAGGCAGCUUAGGUAUUGGCUUUUUCUCAGGCCUGGACUUCAUGAUCAGAAUGUGGCGGAUGUCCAGUAUCAUCAAGAAGAUCUCACUGAAUGGCUUCACCCCAAAUCUUGAUCAGUAUGACAAUGAGAGCGUUGGCCAGUACGUGGAGAAGCGUUCGUGGACUUCUGGUGCCAUCACCUUUUUGUCGUCGCUGUUGAGUGGAGGGUUUUGCCAUGAUCCAAAGGAAAUUUCAGUGUACGCUGCGGCGCAAACCAUGAAGACCUUUGGUUCAUUUGAGCAACAGGAGAAGGCAGAGACAUUCUUCUUUGAUCAAGGACUUCAGAAGAUCUUUGUAAAAAUGGCCGAGGAAUUGGAGGCUGAUUUAGAGCUCAACGCACGGGUGGUGUCUGUUGACACAACUGGAGAUAAGGUAGUGGUAAAAUCGAGCGGCAAAAUCUAUGAAGGAAAAGAGGUGAUCUUGGCAUUUCCACCACAGCUUCUGGCACGAAUUCAAUUCCAGCCUUCUUUGCCCCAAAACUACAGCGACGUGGCUUCAUCGAUGGCCUUGGGACAGGUGGUCAAGAUGGUCGCUGUUUUUCCAACGCCUUGGUGGCGCAAUCGGGGGCUGACAGGCUUUGUCUCCUCCUAUGGAAAGAGUAAUGAUUUAGAUAUUUCUGAAGUGGCUGACCUGAGUCACUCGACCGGAAACGGUGUUUUGGCUUGCUUUGUUGUGGGACCCAGUGCGUUGGAGAUUUGCGAGAAGCCUGUGGAAGAGCUGAAAAAGGGCUUUGCAGAUUUCUUACAAGCUUCUUUUGGGUCCCUCGAGGAGGAAAUCCAGUCAUUUCAUUAUCACAACUGGAUUGGUGAUGAAGACUCUUUGGGUGGCUACUUGUCAACUCCUGGAAUGGGUCAAUGGAAAAAGUUGCCCAAUGGUCUCUUCCCCAAAGCAGGAAGAAUUAGCUUUGCCGGGACGGAAUAUGCUCACCAAUGGCGUGGCUACAUCGAGGGAGCUUUGGAGUCUGGUGAACGUGCUGCCCACGCAGUGUUGGCUACCUUGGAAGGCACCAGCUCUGCAACCUAGGUUGCCAGGCUUCUGACAAUUCGAGUUGCACGCAACAUAUUGCCCCCACUGCGCAUGCUAUGCGAGGGUCUUCCAGAA